GUUUGGGCCCAUUUCAUGAAGACCAGUUCAAUGGGAAGGUGAAGCAACGCGACCUUGUUUGCUUCUUUUUCGGUUCUUCUUCUGCAAUCUGCGUCAGAUACAGAGUGAGGGGGCAAAACCCUAAUUUAUUGUUUUUUCCAUCUGUUCGCCACAAACGACGACCAUAAUUUUAUUAAACGGAUGAUGUGCAUUCUAUGAUUCAGAGUUUUGGUUGAAGUAUCACUUGUGUUCUUUGCUGUCAUGGAUGCGAAUAUUGAUGAUAAGAGUGAAAGUAGACUAUAUAUUGGUAACCUUGAUCUUAGAAUUACAGAAGCUUCUUUGCUCAAAAUGUUUUCGCCUUAUGGAAAGAUAAUUUCUGAGGAUUUCUUAUGGCACACACGUGGCCCAAAACGCGGGGAGCCACGAGGCUUUGCUUUCAUCCAGUAUAGCACAAAAGAGGAAGCAGAAUUAGCCAAGGAGAAAAUGCAUGGGAGGUUCGCCUGCGGCCGGCCGCUGGUUGUUCGUCUUGCCGGUGAGAAGUGCUUGCUGGAAACAGCUGAUAAGUCUACAAAAGCAGCAAGUGAAGGGCACAAGAUGCUUCUCAUUGGUGGUGGGAGUGCCAUGGGACAGACAAGUCGUACUGCAAAAAUAGCUGCUAUAAAAAAUAAGUUGAAAUCCUUAGAGGAGGAGAGUUCUAGGACCAAGAAGCAGAAGCAAAGUGACAAAGUGAGUAUAUAAUGAAGGAUCAUUUCAUAAAUUUGAAAUUCACUUAUUUACUUCAGCUUAUUAUUUAGGCCAUAAGUCAGAUUGUAACUGCAGAGACUAACUUUUCAUCUGAAAUUAUCCAAAUUGAAAUUUAACAGGGGAGUUUCUCCUUGAGGCUUUUAAUUUAGAAAAA